GGUCCCUUUGCCUUUUGUUCGGUUACUGAGUUGCUGCCUUGGCCAGAGUCCGGAGCAGCCGCCGCCCGAGUGCGCCGAGCUCAGUUCGCUGCCCGCGCCGGCUCCCUCCCGGCCAGACCCGACCCCGAUUCGGCUCAGCCCGGCUCCACGCUCAGCAGCCACCAUGGAGGUGAUGAACCUUAUUGAGCAGCCCAUCAAGGUGACAGAGUGGCAACAGACAUACACCUACGACUCGGGCAUCCACUCCGGCGUCAAUACCUGUGUGCCCUCUGUAAGCAGCAAGGGCAUCAUGGAUGAGGAUGAUGCCUGCGGCAGACAGUACACACUCAAGAAGACUACCACCUAUACACAAGGGGUGCCACAGAACCAAGGUGACCUGGAAUACCAGAUGUCCACAACGGCCAGAGCCAAGCGGGUGCGGGAGGCCAUGUGUCCAGGGGUCUCAGGCGAGGACAGUUCUCUACUGCUGGCCACCCAGGUGGAGGGGCAGACAACCAAUCUGCAGCGCCUGGCCGAACCAUCCCAGUUGCUCAAGUCGGCCAUCGUCCAUCUCAUCAACUACCAGGAUGAUGCAGAGCUGGCCACCCGGGCUCUGCCUGAGCUCACCAAGCUGCUCAACGAUGAGGACCCGGUAGUGGUGACCAAGGCGGCUAUGAUCGUGAACCAGCUGUCCAAGAAGGAGGCAUCCCGCCGGGCUCUAAUGGGCUCGCCCCAGCUGGUGGCGGCGGUGGUGCGGACUAUGCAGAACACCAGUGACCUGGAUACUGCCCGGUGUACCACCAGCAUCCUGCACAACCUCUCUCACCACCGAGAGGGCUUGCUCGCCAUAUUCAAGUCUGGAGGCAUCCCUGCCCUAGUCCGAAUGCUCAGUUCCCCCGUAGAAUCUGUCCUGUUCUACGCCAUCACCACACUGCACAACCUGCUGCUCUAUCAGGAGGGCGCCAAGAUGGCGGUGCGUCUGGCAGACGGGCUGCAGAAGAUGGUGCCCCUACUCAACAAGAACAACCCUAAGUUCCUGGCCAUCACUACUGACUGCCUGCAGCUCCUGGCCUAUGGCAACCAGGAGAGCAAGCUGAUCAUCCUGGCCAAUGGGGGACCCCAAGGGCUUGUGCAGAUCAUGAGGAACUACAGCUACGAGAAGCUUCUGUGGACCACCAGCCGUGUGCUCAAGGUGCUCUCCGUGUGUCCUAGCAACAAGCCCGCCAUCGUGGAGGCUGGUGGGAUGCAGGCUCUGGGCAAGCACUUGACAAGCAACAGUCCCCGCCUGGUGCAGAACUGCCUGUGGACUCUGCGCAAUCUCUCGGAUGUAGCCACCAAGCAGGAGGGCCUGGAGAGUGUGCUGAAGAUCCUGGUCAACCAACUGAGUGUAGAUGACGUCAACGUCCUCACCUGUGCCACGGGCACCCUCUCCAACCUGACCUGCAACAACAGCAAAAACAAGACGCUGGUGACACAGAACAGUGGCGUGGAGGCGCUCAUCCACGCCAUCCUGAGAGCCGGAGACAAAGAUGACAUCACAGAGCCCGCUGUCUGUGCCCUGCGCCACCUUACCAGCCGUCACCCCGAGGCUGAGAUGGCCCAGAACUCUGUGCGCCUCAACUAUGGAAUCCCGGCCAUUGUGAAACUGCUCAACCAGCCAAACCAGUGGCCACUGGUCAAGGCAACUAUUGGCCUGAUCCGGAACCUGGCUCUGUGCCCAGCCAACCAUGCCCCUCUGCAGGAGGCCGCGGUCAUUCCCCGCCUCGUCCAGCUGUUGGUCAAGGCCCACCAGGACGCCCAGCGCCAUGUGGCUGCAGGCACCCAGCAGCCCUACACGGAUGGUGUGAGGAUGGAGGAGAUCGUGGAAGGCUGCACCGGAGCCCUGCACAUCCUCGCCCGGGAUCCCAUGAACCGCAUGGAGAUCUUCCGGCUCAACACCAUUCCCCUGUUUGUCCAGCUCCUGUACUCCUCUGUGGAGAACAUCCAGCGUGUGGCUGCGGGAGUGCUCUGCGAGCUGGCCCAGGACAAGGAGGCUGCCGACGCCAUUGAUGCGGAGGGCGCCUCUGCCCCUCUCAUGGAGCUACUCCAUUCCCGCAAUGAGGGCACCGCGACCUACGCUGCUGCUGUCCUGUUCCGCAUCUCUGAGGACAAGAACCCAGAUUACCGUAAGCGAGUGUCUGUGGAGCUCACCAAUUCCCUCUUCAAGCAUGACCCAGCUGCCUGGGAGGCUGCCCAGAGUAUGAUCCCGAUCAACGAACCCUAUGCAGACGACAUGGAUGCCACCUACCGCCCCAUGUACUCCAGCGAUGUGCCUCUGGACCCUCUGGACAUGCACAUGGACCUGGAUGGAGACUACCCCAUGGACACCUACAGUGACGGCCUGAGGCCUCCCUACCCCACUGCAGACCACAUGCUGGCCUAGCCAGCUCCACCUCAGCGCUGUUUCUCACCUGGAAAGCUCUCAAGAGCAGACUGUGGGAGGAGACAGAAAAGUACCUGAGCCCCGGGGGCCGGCCUGGACUUCCUGCUGAACACGCGUGCUCCCGUGCUCCAGAGAGUUCCUCCAUAGGGAUUUUGGGAUGGUGUCUGUUCCUGCUUUUCUGUCCUGGGCUGGGGAUCCAGGCUCAGCACUUUCUCCCCGUCCCCACUAUGGCUAUGGCCACUAAAGCUUUAGACUCAGCCUGUGUCCCUGCACAGCAAUUCUCUCUGCUGACUCCAGCUGCCUGGACCCCCACCCCCACCCCCACCCAGGCCUUCCUUUGUUUUUUUUCGGGGGCCAGUUUUCUCACUUGACCUCCUGGGAUAUCCAAGACACAGGUUCAAGGCCCCAACCCCUGACACCCAAAGCUUCUUUUGAAAAGUUCAGGGACCUUCUUGGGGGUCGGUGGGGAGAGCGGAGACAUUAAGUGCCCCUGCCAGGACCUGCCCUUCCCUUCAGGAUGCUAAGUUUUUGCUUUGACCCUCCCAAGGGGGGAGCUCUUGGUGACGCUCCCUCCCUCUCACAUCACUCCACACUGGCCCAUCUGCUCUGCAGAAGCGUUCUGGCUCACCCCUCUGGUGUGUGGUGAGGGGCUUUCUUCUCCCCCUCCUGUUUGACUCCCACCACCUCCUGCACAUGGGUUUGGGGGCGGGGGUGGGGGACUGAAAGGGAAGUCCCCUCAGAGAGUCUUAUUAUCAACACUUUAUUUUUUGGUUAUUGGCUUUUCUUUUCUUUUUUUGUUUUUGUAUAGACCAAAGCAAAGAAAAUAAAAUAACACAGAGAUCCAAUGGAGGCUGUUAAAAGCAUUAUGGUGUAGAGGAAGUAAGGGGCAUGCGUAAUAGGUGUGACAGACCUCUCCGUCCCUGAUGUCCCCACUUGGCUGAUCCUUGCGUGUCCUCAGGGUUGCAGAGGCAAAUGAAGAGGAGGGAGGGUUUGAAGAGCAGGAGUCCAUUGAAUGAUUUGGUCCCAUGUUCACACAGAACAGGGACACUGGAUAGGGGACCUGUAGGAUAGCUCCUGCUGUAGGGACUCCAGGCUGUCUUGCUCCACAGGCAAGCUCCUUGCUGGCUUCAGCCUCUGCUGUCCUGCUGUGACAUCAGACCGUCUUCUAUACCUCAGCUCUCCAUGGCCCUCGGCUUACUAAUACAGGCUUCUUGUUGGCCAGAAGUUGGCCCACCCCAGCCCCUGUCCACCUCUCCCUCAUGACUCCUUACUGCUUGCAAGUCAGUAACACUAAUGCUGGCCAGCAUCUUCUGCACGCUAUCAUGCCUCCUGCUCAGGUUGUCCCCUCUACCUUUUCUUGCUGGCCCAUGCCAUCUGUCUCAACCUUGCCCCAGGAGCACUGAUCCUGGGCUAUUCCUGGCACCAACGGAUGCUGUCACUGGACACAGAUAUCUUUUUGCCUAGUCCAUGUGACGCUUCCCCACCAGCAACGCUAAGUUCUUCUUUUUGAAGUGGGCUGGUCAUCACGGUCCUGACAAACUCUGAGAACAGGAAAUUCCUGUAGCCUGCCCGUGUGGAGCCAGACAUCUGCCUCUUAUACCUGCACGGAGCCCAGGCUAGGACUUGAGCGUCACAGUGCAUCAGGGUAACACCCUGCUUCCCUGCAGCCAAUCACAUUUGAGGAUGAAAUGGGAAAAAACGGGGUCGAGGAAGAAAGAAAAGGUCCAGGGUGGAGGCAGGAAGUUAGUUCAAUCAAAAGAUGACUGGGCCUUCAGGCAGAGGUGAUGAGAGACAGCUGAGUGCCACAGGAGCCACCAUGGGAGGGAGAGGAGACUCGGCAUACAGAGACCACAAGGUCUUUAUUUAACUGCCCCCAUUUUCAGGGCCUGGCUGAAUGCUCAGCCUGGGUAGUUUGAAAAGAAUUUGAUAAAGGAAGAGCAUAGGACUCUGUGAGUGUGUGUGGGAAGCAGCAAGGGGGAGACAGCACAUGAGCCCGAGGUGGUGAGAGAAGAUGCUAGCCAGGUGUGGAGGAUACAGUAGGAUUCUGCAUCUGCGGCUGAUGCUCCAGACAGGCAGGCUGGGUCCUCACUGCCAACCACUGAUGCUCACCGAUCACUGAACUCAAGUAGAAACUGUAGAGUGCGCUUAUGUUAUCUCUAGCUGCCCAGCCCGGAGCAGAGUGAUCUAGAGAUGCCAAGGAAAACAGCAAGACGUCUCCCCACCCCAGAAGAGGAGGUGGCAAUCGCAUUGUGUAUCCCCAUGACAGGCAGCAAGGGCAAGGGAUCAGAGAAGGAAGUAAAACUGUCACAGAAAGAUUGAAAGUUGAUUCUAGCCGUGGCGGAGCUGGAGCUCUGAGCUUCCCAGCAGGCUGGCCAAAAAGGGCGCAUUAAUCUCUGUGGCAUCGAUGGUCCAUUUCUGUUCUUAUGUAGGAGCUAUCCGCAACCCCGAGAAAGCCCACACUUGGAACCCUGAUUUCCUUAUCUAUAAAAUAGGGCUGUCAUGUAGCACAGGAUAGAUCAUGAGUUUGGUUUGUGCCCAGGCUUUUGGGGUCCUCACACUCAGGACGAACCACGUCCGGCCCAUCUGCUUAGUGUCAGGAUAUAACGAG